AAAAAUACGGCCGCACCCUCCAUUGCGAGCGCAGAGAGAAAUUGUCCAAUAGUAGUAGUUUGUGCUUUCGCGAGAGAGAACGUUCGCUGAUAAACGUUUACGAUUCAACAACAUCAUACGAAUUUCUAAUUGAUCAUCACCAUCAUCUAAAGUGACUGACAUCAAAAAUGAUUAACGAAGAAGAAGUACAAGUAGGAAAAUUAUCUAACAGCCUUCGUGAACAACCUAUUGAACAAUUUUCGGCAAUAGCUUGUGUGCAGUGUAGAAAAGGACAUCGUAAAUGUGAUAAAAAACUUCCUAACUGUAGUAAUUGUAAGAGACUUGGAAAAGAGUGUUCGUAUAGAUCACCAAAGAAGAGAGGACCACAACCAAAGAAGGGUGGAGACGAAAAUCCUUUGGCUAUUCCCGAAUUACAUAACCAUGAAGAAGAAGAGGAGGAAGACUCUGUCAUUCCUGAGGAUGCUCAAAGUAAUAUGAGAAAGAGAAAACACACUGAAUCAAACGAAAUUAGACCAAACAUUGACUCUGAAUUUGUUACACCUGGAGCUGCAACCUCAUACGGAACUGAUUCAGCAGAAAAUACUUCAAUUUCACCAAAGGAAAUAACCAUAGACCAAUCGGCAACAAGAUUAUCUGAAGAAUAUAUCAAAAAGCUUUGCUUUGAUGUUUAUAAGGAAAUUGUUGGAGAUUCUUUACCAGUUAACCAAAGAUCAAAGAUGGAUAAGUUGAUGAGUCAUUCCUUGUCCAACAGUAGUGUUGUCACUGGUGCUGUUAAAAAGAAGAAGUUUAUGCAUGAAAUUGAUGUACCUGAUUUGGCUUUGCUCUAUGCUUUACAAUCUGUUUGCUUCCAAAGAAUUGGUCAACAUGAUUUGUCAAAACAACUUUACCAAAGAUCAAGACAAACCGUUUCCACAGUUUUUGAUAAUAUCACAGAUUUUAAUGUUGUUUGCUCAUAUGCCUAUCUUUCAAGUUACCUUGUAGGAGAAGGAGACUUUUUGGGUGCUAAAUUCUAUUUGAAUUCAGUUCUCUUUUAUCUUGAACAACAAAAACAUAACACUAGUGAAACAGAUUCAUCCUUUUUGAAGGGUUUAACAACAGUCAUACAUUUGGCUAUGGAAGAAGAUAAGGCUCAAUGUUGCUUCUUAUUGAAUAGAUUGUUAUCUCUCAUCAUUCAUAACCACCCAGAACUUAAUAUUGAAUCAUCUGAGAAUGGAUUUAUUGUUUGUGAAGAAGAACUUUCAGAAAAGAUGAAAAAACUUGACCUCUUGACUACAUCACUCAGCACAUCCUGUACAGAUACUUUGUGUUCCUCAAAGAAGGAUUUGAGCAAAAUUGUUUAUUUGAUGUAUCUUGAUACUAUGAGAAUUAAGGUCUUGGAAAAGCAUGGCCUCAAAGAUUCCAUUCAAGUUAAAGAAGCUGCUGAUAGAAUUACCUCACUUACAAGAAUACCUACAUUCGAAUUAGCUCCUGUCAUUGUAAUCAGAUCUUUGGCCAUUGCCGCUAGAGUUCACUAUAAUUUAUUAGUCAAAGAUCUUGCUGCUUACCAAGAUGACAUGUUAGUAAGAGCUUUGAGUGACGACUUAAAGGCACUUAAACUUUUGGGUACAAAGUAUGAAGUUGUCAAGACUAGAUUCCAACAAUUGAUAAGAGAUAUUGAAUUACUUCUUGAACAAGCAGAAUUAUUCAAAGUACAACGACACAACACUACAAGUAAUCCAAACACAAAUAAUUUGAAUAACUUUGAUAAUACUGAUGUCUUCUCUAUGAUUAAUUCCAAUCCAAACUUUUAUACUCCUUACCUCUAUAGCCAAGAUAUGAUGCCGUUGAUGCUUGGAGCAAACAACAGCACUGCACAUACAGACCAAACUCUUCAACACUUCCUCAACAAUACUAACAAUAAUAAUAAUAUUUUUGGAUCCUCAACAAAUGCUUUCCUUCCUUCAUUUGAUGCCUUUGCAGCAAUGAAUGAUCACACCUUUGCUAUGAAUGUUAAUGGAACUUCUUUACAACAAAAUAAUUUAGACUUUUUGGAUUCACUGAAUGGUUUAUUCCAAUAAUUGUAAAUUUAAUAAACUUGUAAAUACAUUGUAAAA